AGAAGAAGAAAAAAACACCGUAGUCUUGGUUCAGUUUUCUUCUCUGAUUCUCAAACUCUGGAACUCUCUCGUAUUCCCCUUCUUCUCACCCAACACUCACCGCUAGACCUCAGAUUCUUCUCAAACUUGCGCCAUUGUUGCUAUCUGAUUACACUGCUCAUUUUUCUUGGACCUGUGCUAUUGUGGCUGGAUUUUCUGAUGAUUUCUGCCAUGAUCCUUUUAUGCUGAGCUAUCUUUGUAUUUUAGAGUAUUCUUGUAAUUCAAACAGUUUCAGAAUUGAAAUAUCAUCUUGUACACCUAUUUAUAUUGUUUAUACGUGGAAAAUGGAGAAGAACUGACUUCAUCUGAAUUCUUGGAUAUACUUCCUAAGCAGUGAAGAAUGGAGACUUUAGCUCAACUGGAAGCAUUGUGUGAGAGGCUUUAUAACUCACAGGAUUCUGUUGAGCGAGCACAGGCUGAAAGCACUCUGAAAUGUUUUUCCUCAAAUGCUGACUACAUUUCGCAGUGCCAAUAUGUUCUCGAUAAUGCAUCCUCUCCAUAUGCAUUGAUGUUGGCUAGUUCAAGCUUGUUGAAGCAAGUCACAGAGCAAAGCCUUCCUUUACAGCUCCGGCUUGAUAUUCGAAACUACCUCUUAAACUAUCUGGCCAGUAAAGGACCUGAAUUGGAGCCCUUUGUCCUUGGAUCAUUGAUCCAACUUUUAUCUCGUAUUACAAAGUUUGGGUGGCUAGAUGAUGAAAGAUUCCGGGAGGUUGUUAAAGAGGCAACAAACUUCUUGAGUCAGGCACAGUAUCAUUAUGCUAUAGGUUUAAAGAUAUUGAAUCAGAUUGUUUCCGAGAUAAAUCAGCAUACUGUUGGGUUACAUGCUACUCGUCAACGUAGGAUUGCAAUCUCUUUUAGGGAUCAAUCCCUUUUUCUAAUAUUCCAGAUAUCGUUAACUUCUCUCUUCAAGUUAAAAGUGGAUGUUGGGAGCAAGUUGCAGGAACUGUCUCUGAUGCUUUCCCUGAGUUGCUUAUCAUUUGAUUUUAUGGGGACAUCAUAUGAUGAAAGCUCAGAUGAGAUUGGUACUAAUCAGGUUCCAUUAACUUGGAAACCUGUCCUUGAGGAUCCCUCAACAUUGCAGAUAUUUUUUGACUUUUAUACAAUGAAUCAACCAUUUUCGAAAGAGGCAUUGGAAUGCUUGUUGCGUCUUGCUUCUACUAGACGAUCUUUGUUUUCUGAUGAUACUGCCCGAUUGAAGUUUUUGUCACAGUUAAUGCUGGGCACCAAAGAAAUUUUGCAAACUGGAAUAGGUCUUGCUGAUCAUGAUAACUAUCAUGCAUUUUGUCGGCUUCUUGGCCGCUUUAAAGUAAAUUAUCAGUUAUCAGAACUUAUAAAUGCUGAAGGUUAUAGUGAUUGGAUACGCUUAGUAGCAGAGUUUACAUUAAAAUCUUUGCAGUCUUGGAAGUGGGCUGGCAGCAGUGUUUACUACCUUCUAAAUUUAUGGUCUAAAUCAGUGACCUCUGUGCGGUAUCUCAAGAGUGACAAACCUAGCCUGCUAGAUGAAUAUGUCCCUAAAGUUAUAGAAUGUUUUGUAUCAUUGAGAUUUGAUUCAUUGCAGUCUGAACUAUCUGAUGAACUUGGUGAAGACCCACUUGACAAUGUAGAAGUGCUUCAAGAUCAACUUGAAUUUUUCCCUUACCUCUGUAGAUUUCAGUAUGAAAGUUGCAGUUCAUAUUUAAUGAAGAUAGUGGAGCCUAUCAUACAAAGCUAUAUGAAGGUAGCAAAUCUCCAAAUCCCCAUGAAUAGCUAUGAACUUUCUGUAACUGAAACCAAACUUGCUUGGUUCACGCACAUUGUUGCUGCAAUACUCAAGACAAAGCAUACGUCUGGUUUUAGUGGAGAAUCGCAUGAGGUACUCGAUGCAGAGAUUUCAGCAUGUGUUCUGCAAUUGGUAAAUAUUUCUGACAGUGGAAUUCACAAUAAGAGGUACGAAGAUGUAAGCAAGCAAAGAUUUGAUCGAGCUAUACUAACCUUUUUACAACAUCUUAGAAGGUGUUAUAUUGGUGACCAGGUUGUUUUGUCUUCCAAGCAGUUAUAUACCCGGCUAUCUGAACUUCUUGGACUACACGAUCAUCUACUACUGAUAAAUGUUAUUGUAGGAAAGAUUACUACUAAUCUCAAGUAUUACACAAAGUGCAAAGAGCUUAUUGAUCAUACAUUAACUCUCUUCCUGGAAAUGGCAUCAGGAUCCAUGACGGGAAAGCUGCUUCUUAAGUUGGAUAUUGUUCAGCACAUAAUUUUGAAUCAUAAUAGGGAACAAUUCCCUUUUUUAGAAAAUUGGGAAUGUUUCCGCAGCAGAACAACGCUGUAUUAUACAUUUGGCAUGUUGGUGUUCAUGGAAGAUAGCCAAUUGAAAUUCAAAUCUUCAGUGGAACCUUUCCUACAGGUUUUUGGUAGAUUGAAUUCAACACCUGAUGCAUUGUUUCAAUCAGAUGCUGUAAAAUAUGCAUUUAUUGGAUUGAUGCGUGAUCUUCGAGGAAUAGCAAUGGCAACUAAUAGUCGUAGAACAUAUGGAUUCCUUUUUGAUUGGCUUUAUCCUGCACACAUGCCAAUUCUUUUGAAAAGCCUUGCACAUUAUGCUGACGCUCCAGAGGUAGCAACUCCAUUGUUGAAAUUUGUUGCUGAACUGGUCCUGAACAAAUCCCAGCGAUUGACUUUCGAUUCUUCUUCCCCUAAUGGAAUACUACUUUUUCGAGAAGUCAGUAAACUGAUUGUUGCAUAUGGAUCUAGAAUUUUACCUCUUCCUAAUAAAGCAGACAUGUAUACAUCCAAAUACAAGGGAAUAUCAAUUUGUUUGAUAAUUCUUGAACGAGCACUCUCUGGGAACUUUGUCAACUUCGGUAUAUUUGAACUUUAUGGUGAUAGGGCCCUCUUUGAUGCUCUUGACAUCACUAUAAAGUUGAUGUUGUCAAUUCCUCUGGGAGACAUAUUUGCAUUUCGGAAGGUUGCAGCGUCUUACUUUACGUUUUUGGAGACUCUAUUCAAUGGCCAUUUGUCAUUUGUGCUCAAUUUAGAUAAAACCGCAUUAAUGCUAAUUGUUGAAUCGCUCGAGUUAGGCAUUAAAGACUUGAGUGAAAAAAUAUCAUCUCAGUGCGCCUCUGCCAUUGACAACUUAGCUACAUUUUAUUUCAACAAUCUCACAGUUGGAUUCAUCUCUGAGUUUCCUGAGCUAUUCUCUAGAAUAUUAAGAACCUUAUUUGAGGUUGUUAUAUUGGAGGACCGUGGGAAUCAAUGGACUCAUAGCAGUGCAAUUCUAAGUAUGAUACUAAUUAGUAAAGAGUUGUUUGCAAAUACGAAGGCUCAAAUUUUGGCUUCAUAUCCACCAGACAGACAUCAGACACUUUCUCUGUGCUUUGACAAGCUUAUGGAAGAUGUGAAGAUUAGCUUGGACUCAAAGAACAGGGGCAAAUUCUCCAAGAACCUAACCAGAUUUAAGUCUGAGUUUUGUGUCAAAUAGCAUCUGCCUGGCUGAACUAUUUUUGUUAGCUCAAGAAACCAUAUUGUAUCUGCUGCUUUUUCCUUUCCUCAUAGAUUGUAUCUGCCUGGGUGUUUGAUUUAGAGUCCUUUACAAUUGUACAUUUACCAUAGUCCCGUUUUCUAUUUUGGUCAUAGGGGUAUUGGCUUGAUGAAAGGUCUGCUGGCACCAAUGUUGUUAAAUGCCAUGGCAGAAUGAUGUGGCGGAUUUUUUACACACACUGCAGUAGUGUGAUUAUAUGACAGAUUUUUGGCCA